GAUCCUGUAGCUCAGCUUCCAGCUGAUAUGGUUGCCCGUAGUUACAGCAUCUUCUCCAUCAUCCUGAGGUACGCUGUGGACAUGCUGACCUGGGAGCAGGAGGACCAGCUACCUGCAGGACUGGAGCCCCCGGCGAGAGGAGACACCUACUACUGCAUGUUGUUCAAUGAUGAAGUCCACACGUAUGAACAGGUUAUCUACACGCUGCAGAAAGCGGUCAACUGCAGUCAGAAAGAGGCUGUCAGCUUCGCCACCACCGUGGACAGAGACGGCAGGAAGUCAGUGCGAUACGGAGAUUUCCAGUUCUGUGAACAGGCCAAGUCUGUUAUAGUGAGAAACACCAGUCGUCAGUCGAAGCCUCUCAGGGUGGAGGUGAUGCACUCGUCUGUUGUUGCUCAUCAGUGUUUCGCUCUGAAGGCUCUCAGCUGGUUGGGGCAGAUCAUUCAGUACUCUGAUGGUCUGAGAAGGAUCCUGUGUCAGGUGGGUCUGCAGAGAGGACCUGAGGGAGAAAACUCCUCGCUGGUGGACCAGCUGAUGCUCAACGACUCCAAGAUGUGGAAAGGAGCGAGGAACAUCUACCACCAGCUGCUGAUGAACAGCCUCCUGAUGGACCUCAAAUACAAGAAGAUCUUUGCCAUCCAGUUCGCAAAGAACUACAGACGCCUCCAGACAGAUUUUAUGGAGGACGACCACGAGCGAGUGGUGUCAGUGACCUCACUGUCUGUUCAGCUCUUCACUGUCCCGACCAUGAGUUAUGAGCGCUUGCAGAGCGACUAUGUGAGAGACGACCACCACCGUGAGUUCUCCAUCACUGACCUGUCAGUACAAAUAUUCACCGUCCCUUCACUGGCCCGGAUGCUGAUGGUGGAGGAGAACCUGAUGACGACCAUCAUCAGGACGUUUGUGGAUCACCUUCGUCACAGAGACCUGCAGGGACGCUUUCAGUUUGACCGCUACACUGCCCAGCAGGCCUUCAAGUUCGGACGAGUCCAGAGCCUCAUUGGAGACCUCAAGUUAGGACCAGUUUAUGUACCAGUUUAUAUACCAGUUUAUAUACCAGUU